UGCAAACGUUAUCGCGAGUGUCCGCCAUUUCGCCUGGUAUCAUUCUCAGGGACAUCCCUCGGUUGGUCGAAAUUCGUUCGAUGAUUGAAAAAUGACAGAUUUUUCUGAAAAUAAAAAAUUCAUUAUUAGACUUCGAGAAACCGUCGACUUUGUUCUCUCUAGUGGUCAGAGUAAUCAGGUCAUGGGACCCGUCGAGACGUACCGCUACCUCAUCGAGGAGGUGUCAGAUCCCAGGGUAGCUGAUUGGCCCUUGAUGGGUAGUCCAUUCCCGUUGGCUCUGCUUCUUAUCGGAUACAUCGUCUUCGUGCUUCACCUGGGGCCCAGGUACAUGAGAAGUCGACAACCAUACUCGCUUUAUGGUUUCAUGAUUUGCUACAAUGUCUUGGUCGCAAUCGCCAGUGGAAUCGUCUUCUACGGGCUCGUCACGUCUUGGUAUUCCACCAACACCUCUCUGGGAUGCGAGCCCGUUCAAUUCUCGAAUAGUCCGGAAUCCCUGAACAUGGCCAAAUGGGUAUGGUGGGUUAUGGUGUUGAAGAUCGGCGAACUGGGGGACACCAUUGUCUUCGUCCUGCGUAAGAAGUACCGACAACUAUCGUUUUUACACAUUUAUCACCACUUUACCACUGCAAUUGUGGCUUGGAUUUCCUGCAAGUACGUGCCAGGGGGAAUGUGGACCUUCGUCAUGAUACCCAAUUCCUUGGUCCACGUGGUCAUGUACACCUACUACUUGUUGGCCGGCCUAGGACCUAGGAUACAAAAAAUGCUUGUUCCAUGGAAGCCGUACUUGACGAUACUCCAAAUUGCGCAGCUGCUGAUCAUGUUCGUCCACACGUCGCAAAUGCUGAUGCCUUGGUGCGAGCCCGAGAGGAAGCCUUUGGCAUAUCUUUACAUGUUCCACGAGAUCGUCGUCCUGUACAUGUUCUGGGACUUCUACAGGAAGUCCUACACGAGCAAGAAGACCCACUGACCUCGUGGUCGAGAGUCUCGAAGGAGUCUGGGAGACGUUCGACAGGGAAUUCAUUCGUCCACGGAGGAGUGUCCCGAGUUCCUACAGUUACAGGACACUGCCGAGGUUCGAUCCAUCGAACCGAUAGGUCGAGCUCGUCCUUUGCUUCAGUGUCGGUAUCCACACAAUUUCGUCAACUGAGGAGACAGCCCUCCGAAGUAGUUUUGUACUUUCGUAAGAUUAAAGCUCGCACGGAUCAAUCGGAGUGGAUGCUCUCGUCGGAGCCAUAACCGAAUUUCCCGAAAAGCACGACCCCUCCGUAGAAGUUGCCCGGGUUGGUACUCCCAGACUCCUUUUCAGGAUCGUUUAAGAUCUCCGCAUCCAUCCGAUCGUUCGCUUCGACUGCCCGACCUUAAUCCAUCGGCAAAUUCGAUCAACUAUACUUUCCAACCCUUCCUUGCGUGUAAAAAUGUAUGCAAAUUUCCGUUGAUAUUUAUCAGUGUGGGUAACACUCUCGUGGCUCACUCGCAGCCUCCUAGGUAUACUUUUUCCUCGACCUGGCGUCCUUUUCACGGGACGACUCCCAUUGAUAACGGAUUUCCGAAAGCGCUGAUUUUUAUUCCGCGGCCGUUUGAAUUGCCAAUGACGGGUGCUGUUUCGAGGGGUGGGUUCGGGCUUAAAUUAUGAGACGGCGAAAGCUCGGGCUUUAACGCUUGCAUUUGAAUAAAUGUUAUCCCCCCUUAGCGAGCUCCGCGGCCGUUUGCGGUAUACACGUGCCCCUACGUGAGCGUACGUAUUCCCGCCAUGCCGCCGCCCAGAAAUUAGCAUAGGGGA